AUGAGCAAGGACCGUGUGAGGCGGAUCUACAACAACGUGCAGCUGCGCCUGCCCUCCGCGUUUCGUGACGCUGGCAGCGACUCAGAGCACAGCGCGGAUGCGGUCUCAGGGCGUCACAGCGAGGCCUCAGAGGAUGGCGACUUGAAGGAUGCAGCUGUACGGCUGUUUGGCAGCGCCAACCUGGGCCAUGUCGUAGCGGAUUUGUCCCAUGGAGCACCGGUGAAGUCGCCCGACAAAUCGCAGGAUCGGGACCCGUCCGGUUUGAUCGCUCGAGCUCUGAGGGGUGAGGAUGAAAGCAGCGAGGAUUCCGCCGUGGACGACUUCCGAGCCAUGAGGAAAGCAGUCAAGGAGUCCAGUCAGCAGGUUGCAACCGAUCCCAAAAAGCCGCUGGUCAGAAAGCUUCGCCAAGCGAUGCCAGCGAAGCCAAAGCCAAAGCCGGAGCCAAAGGCCACAGGAUUUGUUCGUUUGGAGCUUGUUGAAAGCACCAGUGAAGAAGAAGAUGGAAAGAAUGAAGUCAGUUCUGAAGACGAAGAAAUCAGUCUUGAACAAGACUCCCAUCUUCGCGUCUUGCACCGCUUGGAAAGCUCGGCACCGACUGGUGAAUGCCCUUGGGAUGUGUGGCUUCAAGCGACACGGUCAUGGCCACAGCUGAAAACGAAGCUGAAUUCUCCGGAUUUUUGUCGCCAAAAUGGCGACCUUUGUGUGAACUUCGAUGUCGAGCUGUUGAAAAAGUUGAUCCAAGAAGAGAAGGCAGCACGUGCCGCUGCGCGCCAAGCGCGCAUUGAUGACCAGGAGAAUCAGAAAAAUCGUGUGAACGAAUACAUCGAAGAAGCUGAACGAAGACGUGAGAUGAUCAAAGGCCGCAUCGGUGGUUUCCUCCUCGCACCUCGCAGUGAGAAAUUGGAAGAAACUCUCCGAAGGUCGGCCAUGUCGGCCAAAGCCGAAGAGAACUCCUUCAAUCCACCGCCACGGCCCUCAACGUUCGCACGACUACGACCAUCUACCAAUGGAUCCCAUGGACAGGUUGGACAAGUUGAUGCAAUGAAUGCAGUGAAAGUGAACUGAGAGAUAAAAAGAAA